AAGAAUGCUGUUGCCUUUGACCAUGCUGUUCUUCUUCUUUCAGACAAACAUAAGUGACAUAUUAAUUGCCAUCAACCCCCGCAAGCAGCUGAAGAUUUAUGACGAUGAGAUCCAUGAUAAAUACAAUGCUGACAAAUUCGGAACAGAUUUAGAGCCGCAUAUUUUUCAAGUCGCCGCAACAGCAUACAGACGCAUGCGUGAAAAUGACACGAAUCAGGUCAUCAUUGUUUCCGGGGAAAGUGGAGCCGGCAAGACAGAGAGCACAAAGUAUAUGGUCAAACAUAUGGUACACAUGUGUCAGAAAGGAGAUAUGGUUUUACAUGAAAAAAUCGUCAAGAUCAACCCUCUACUGGAGGCUUUUGGAAAUGCCAAAACAAUAAUGAACGACAACUCAAGUAGAUACGCAAAAUACCUGGAAAUCACCUUCAAAGAAGGUGGAGAACUCGCAGGAGCGGGCGUUAGAGACUACAUGUUAGAGAAAUCCAGGGUAGUUCAUCAAAAUAACGGAGAGAGAAACUUUCACAUAUUCUACGCAAUGUUUGCUGGAUGCACGCAAGAAGUCCUUGAUGACCUCUUUCUGAAUGACCCAGUAGAAAGUUACAGAAUAAUGCAGAGCGAUCAGUCUUACCUUGGUGAAACAGAACGGUUUAAGAAGAUGUAUGAUGACAGUAUGGAGAUAUUGCAAAAAAUUGAAGUUGAGAACGAUGUUGUGAUUAGAAUGUUAGCAGCGGUUGUACUCAUUUCGGAGAUAGAGUUUGAAGAAGACAACAGAGGGGCUGCACAAUUAAAGGAUGUUGCUUCAUUUGCUCAUGCCGCUAUAUUGCUAGAUCUUGAUGAAAUCAUGUUCGGCGAGGCGCUAAUUACAAGUCAAAAGAAAGUUAGAGGUGACUAUAUAGCAACUCAUAAAACAACAAAACAAGCAAAUGACGGACGUGACGCGCUUGCCAAGAUGUUGUAUGAAAGAAUGUUCGGCUGGUUGGUAAGAAUGAUAAACAGAGAUCUUCACCCGAACAGGCAUGGAACACUGUCAACACUUCUUUUUGCCUCUAGAUCAAACAUAUCUGCUAGCAUCGGAAUUUUGGAUAUUGCCGGCUUUGAAAAGCUUCAGAAUAAUAGCUUUGAACAGUUGUGUAUAAAUCUAGUGAACGAAAAACUUCAAAGUUUCAUGAACAAAAAGAUCUUUACGAUGGAAUUAGAAAUAUACCAUGCUGAGGGAGUGGAACUUGAUGGGAUACAUUUCGAAAACAAUGACGAUUUAUUGGCAAUGUUUGAAACGCCAAAGUCAGGUAUUCUAGCAAUACUGGACGAGAAUUCCAACAUACAGCAUUCUUCCGAUAGUGGAUUUGUUGAUCACUUGAAAAAUAAAUUGGGCCAAAAUAAACUGUUCAUACAACCACCUGGAGACCACCCAGUUUUCUGUAUACAGCAUUUUGCAGCUUUGGUUCCGUACAACGCCGACGGAUUUUUAGAGAAGAACCGAGACAGAUUGAAUGCUGAACUUGUUCAGACUAUGAGGGAAAGCAAAGAUGACUUCAUUGCUGACCUAUUCACAAUUAAAAAAGGACCUACUGGAACAAUAUCAAUGGAACCAGGUUUUCAGUUUCGACCAUCUCGGCGUGGAGUACCAGUGAUGGUUCCAGGUAAGCCCAAACUAAAACCAACACCGGCAGGAGCGGCUCUAGCAAUGGAAAUAGGCAAAAGUUUGAAGAAGAAGUUUGGGACAGUCCAACAGCCAGCCACAGGAAUUGACACAGAUUACUCCUGGAAAGAAACAUUCGACGCUUGUUUCAUUUUUCCAGGUAAAUAA